AGUUUCAAUCCUGCUGGUCUAAUAAAAGUUGCUCGAGGACAUCGUCAAGGCAGGUUCCCUGUUAUUACUUGGCAGCAUCCUCAGACUGCAGCCUAUCUCCUGCGUGGUGGUGGCUUUAUUUCUGAAUCUGUGGUCGUUGGCGCCUGGAACAAGGCGGCAGUUCAUACCGCACAUGCUGCGGCUACGAUGGGCGCUCACCCUGGCUUGACGAGUAGUGAGAAGCAGACUUGGGCUGUUCGAGGCUUUGACCACAUCUAUGAUAUCUGA